UGUCAGUUAUGUCACUUGUGACUAGUGGUUUUGACAAAAUUGAAUAAACACCGGCAACGAUGUUAUUUCGAAUUUCUAUACUCUAAUUAAUUACAGUAUCAAGAUUCGCAAUAGUCUGCUUUAUUAAAUGAAAUUUGGCAAAAUAAGAGAAAAUGGUGUUAGCACAUAAUAUUUCUAAUAGUAAGAGGACAACUGACGUGCAAAUAUAUCAAGAUGUAACAUUCGACACCAUGCUUCUCUGUAAUAAUACUUUAAAUGGGCUAAAAGAAGCAGGUUUUUUCAAACCUUCUCCAAUACAAUUACAUGGUAUUCCUUUAGGAAAGUGUGGAUUUGAUUUGAUGCUAGAAGCUAAGUCAGGAACUGGCAAAACUGCCGUCUUUACCAUAAUUGCGUUAGAGAAAUUAGACCUUAACAAGGGCAUACAGGUUAUUAUUCUUGCACCAACACGUGAAAUAGCUUCUCAAAUUUGUGAUGUUUUGAAACAAAUAGGGUGCAAAUAUGAUGGCUUAUGUGUAGAAGUUGUAAUGGGAGGUCUACCAAUACAAGAUGAUAUAAAUAAAUUUAAAGAAAAAAAUGCACACAUUGUUGUUGGUAGUCCAGGACGGCUCAAACAUCUUAUUCAAGACAAACAUAUUAAUACAAAUUCAGUUAGAUUAUUAAUUCUUGAUGAAGCUGACAAAUUAAUGGAAAAGAGCUUCUUGGCAGACAUAAAGUUCAUACAUUCUUUUCUACCUAACCAAAAACAGGUAAUAUUAAGUAGUGCUACAUAUCCGGAAAACUCGAAAGAGCUCAUUAAUCAAUUUGUUUAUGAUGCACAACACAUCUGCCCAAACAGUAAUUGUGUCCUAUUAGGAGUGUCCCAGAAAAUUACAUAUGUUAAAUAUAAUAACAACAUUGUAAAACAAACAGAGUUCAGAUUCAAAGAAUUAUUAAAAAUUUUAACAAAAAUACAAUUUAAGCAAUGUUUAAUAUUCUGUAAUUAUCAAACUAGAGUAGGAGAUUUACAUAAAAUGUUGACUAGAGAAAAGUGGCCGGCAGAACAGCUUUAUGGUAAACAAGAGCAAACUGAACGCUUAGAUGCUAUUAAAACUUUACAAGAAUAUAAAUGUAGGCUUCUUAUAUCUACAGAUUUAGCAGCUCGUGGUAUUGAUGCAUCAAAUGUAGAUCUAGUCAUCAAUUUCGAACCUCCCUUUGAAUGGCAAACUUAUUUGCACAGAAUAGGAAGAGCUGGAAGGUAUGGAUCUUAUGGCAUGGCUGUCACUAUACUUAGUGAAGGUGUGGAAGAAAAAAAAUUUUUCAAUUUACUAGAAGCUUUUAAAAUAUCUGAUAACUUAACACCUCUUUGGAAUGGGGAUAAUACAAAUAAGGAUGUUGAUAUACCACCAACCAUUGAACCUUUAAUGUCUGAAAAUACAUCAAUGUCUAAAAUUACAGAAGAUAAUAUUUAUAUGGACUUUUGGGAAAUUCUAUGUGAAAAUAAAGAAAAACUAGAAGUAAACAAAAGUGUAGAAAGCUUUGGGGAGUUAUUUAAUUCAUUUGAGAAACUAGAAGUUGACAAUAUUAAAUCAUUUUUUGAUUUGCUUAUGUCUUUUAACAACAAUAAUUUACCAGACCCUAAUGAAAAUUGCAUUUGUCAGUAUAAAUGUAUUGAUACACCAAAUAUACCAGUUAAAGAUUACCUUAAAAGAUUAAAUAUUGUAAAAGAGAGUAUUCUCAAUUCCUCCAAAAAAAAAUCUACUGAGUUAAGUAUCGAAGAUCAAAAAAAACUAGAUGAUAGUCAUGAUAAAAAUCUUACAAUUACUGAAAUAGAUAUAGAAAACGAUAAACAUACUUCAGGCACACCAAUGACUGCUUAUAAUAAUGAUAACAAGAACUUUCUACUCAAUAAUAGCAGAUAUAUUGAAAAUAAAAAUAAAGGACUAAAUAACGAAGCAAACAAAUGUAGUGACAUUCUAGAUUUAGGACUUCCAGAUGCUUUUAGUAGCUCAAAAAAUAAACCAAGAUUUCUUAAAGAUUCUAAAGCAACAGUAAUGAAAGGUACUGAAGAUAAAAAGAAAUACAGUUCUAAUGAAUAUCUAAGAAAUAGAAAAGAAUAUGUUUUAAAAAGUUCAGAUUCUGAAUUUAAUGUAACUAAAAUGUCCAAACAAAAGUUUAUGUGUAAUAGAAGAAAAAGUUCCAAUAGAUCUAAUUAUAAUUGCAAAUCUGAAGAUUCAUCUUCUGAUCUUAGUAGUGAAGAUUAUCAUGAAUGUAGUCAAAAAAAUACUGAAACAAAUUCGUAUACAAACUGGUAUAAUCAACUAAAAUUUAAUGUUAAACAGAUUGAAAUAGUGACUUACAUUGAUGAACUUAGUAAACUUUAGA